UCUCCACAACGCGUGGGUGAAAGCAGAGGGAAGAUGAGAGGAGAGGAGAGGUGGUAACUGCAACUGCCUAACCGGGAAUGAGGGCGCAACAAUUCCCCGGUGAGAAGCUGUGGAGGCUCCGCCACAUUUAUGCGCGCAAGAAGAAGUGAAUUACUGUGAGGAAACCUGAGGAAGAAUCGUGUUAAGAGUUAUCUUCUUGGCUGAGAAGGGGGAGAAGAAAAAAAGUUUGCAUCAGAAGGAGUCUUCAAUAUCCAGCAGAGAUGAGAUUAAACUUUUCCACAAGUUGGAUAUUCCGAGGCUGGAUAACGUGUGUACUCGUCACCUUUUACGCACAGCAUGCAGUCCCCAAAACUCUUCAGUGUGAUGAAAAACACUACUUAAAAGGUGAAAGAUGCUGCGAGAAGUGUAGACCAGGCUUCCGUGUCUUUGCCGACUGCAGCGAUUCCCACCAGACUAAAUGCAUUAAAUGUAAUCGUGGUGAAUAUCAGCCCGGCUGGACUGCAGAGAAGCGAUGUCUCCAGCAGAAGUUCUGUGACCCAAUUAAGGGUUUUAUGGAGAGGCCUGAAAACCCCGUGGCAGAGGUGCCGUGUCGAUGCCGCACCACCCUCCAGUGCUGUCCCAUCAACUGUGAGUUCUGUGAGAGGAUACCCACCUGCGGUGCUGGAUAUGGACUCGAGGAGGAUCCUGAGUCUAGUAAUGGAAGGAAGAUCUGUGUUCCAUGUAAGAGAGGCUUCUUCUCCACUGACAACAAUGGCGAACAGUGCAAACCAUGGACUAACUGUAAGGCUGAAGGCAAGAGUGAGACACAACCAGGCAGUGCUCAGGCCGAUGCAAUAUGUGGAGCCCCUGUGUCUGGUGCAGCACCCUCCUGGGUCAUAGUUUCAGUUCUGUCAGUCAUCACUGUUCUGUGUCUCCUCAUCCUGCUCCUCUUCUGCUACAAGGACAAACUGAAAUUACUCUCUUUAAAUCUGCGUUCCUGUGUUCAGAAUCUGAAGAGGACUAGGAUACAGCAGGAGACCUUGGCCCCUCUUUAUCAUAGCGGAGGUCCCAAGUGCACGCCAUGUGAGACGACCAAACUUAUCUGCCAAGCACCACAGAGCCCCACGGAUGAGCCCCCAUGCACAUUCCCCACCCCUGUUCCCGAUGUCAAGGUCUCACUGCCAUUCACAGGGGAAAUUACAGGGGAAGAGGGAACCAACAGGAAGACGGCAACUGAGGAUCAGAGCGAAGGGUCUGGAGAACCAGAGGAGGUGUCAGAAGAAGAAGAGAUCAUGAGCGUGUCUCCUCUUUUGGCAGGCUCUUCCGUGUGCGUCAUUCCCAUUCGUGAGCCGCUGGAAGUAGGGGAGAAUGAAGACUGUAGCCAGGCUGUCAGCCCCAGGACUCCUGGAACCUUCUCAGGUGGAGGGCUGGAUGGAGAAAGGUAUGCAGACGAGAGUGGGAAAGAAGAGAAGAUUGAGAGUAUAAGGGCAAACAACGGUGGCGAAAAGGGUGAUGGAAAUCGAGAAAAGAUGGGUUUGUGCAAGAGCGAAACAGGCGCUCCAUGUCUCGUCUCUCUUUCUCCUCCGCUCCUCCACACCUCCUCUGUAGUCCCUCCAUCCAGUCCUCUUCCUGAGCUCUGCCUGCCGUUGUCCCAGGCAGUAUCACCGGAGUUCAAACCUUACCUGAAUGACAAGUCGCUGGUAAAACAGGAGGAAUUAUACAGGCUGGCAAGCACGGACUCCACCUCAUCAGAGCAUAGUACAACCUCUGAAAUGACCUCAGUCAGCCCCUUGAUGACUUCCUCAUCUGUUGGCAAUCUCUAUCUGGACAAGCCCCCUGAGGCCUCUAGCCCAGAGCAAGGCCAGGGACUUUCCUGGGAGGACAGUGGUGGAAACAAGCUCUCUUCUGAGAGGGAGUCAGAACUGGAGUGCUCACCUGAGAGCCUCCAUAGUCAGCUGGCUGAACCAACUCUUACCUCAGGUCAAGUGUCCGGGAACCACAACACCACCUUCAUCUCCAGCGGUCAGGUGAUGAACUUCAGCGGUGAUGUCAUCGUCGUCUAUGUCAGCCAGACGUCUGUUGGCAGUGACGGGGUGGGGCAGGAUGAUGCCUUCGGAAGCCCCGUCCAGGAGGAGGCCAAUGAGACUGGUCCAUUUUUCCAGGGCAGCCUGGGGUCGCAGGGGGAAUCCAGUUCCCACGUCACAUUGCAAGACGAGACACUGCCGGUCCAAGAGGUGAUGGAAGAGCGGGCAUUGGUAAAGUGAAAAGUGACCAAUGGCUGUGUCAUCUCGAUAACUAUCAGAUACAUUUUUUAAAAAAAAAAAAGGAAUGAGGUCCUUGGUAA